AUGGGAGGGGGGAAGCCAUAUCACUGUGAUGUCUGUGGUAAAUCAUUCUCUGAUAAAAGUCACCUUACUAAACACAAUUACAUUCAUACAAGAGCGAAACGGUAUCACUGUGAUAUUUGUGGAAAACCACAUCCCUGUGAUAUAUGUGGAAAAUCAUUCUCUCAGAAAAUUCACCUGACUUCUCACAAAUACAUUCAUACAGGAGAGAAACCAUAUGAAUGUGAUAUUUGUGGUAAAUCAUUCUCCCAUAAGCACAGCCUUACUUAUCACAUAUCCAUUCAUACAGGAGAGAAACCUUAUCACUGUGAUAUCUGUGGAAAAUCAUUCUCUCAGAAAAUUCACCUGACUUCUCACAAAUACAUUCAUACAGGAGAGAAACCUUAUCAAUGUGAUAUUUGUGGUAAAUCAUUUUCUCAAAAGCAUAGACUUACUUAUCACAAAUCCGUUCAUACAGGAGAGAAACCAUAUCCCUGUGAUAUCUGUGGUAAAUCUUUUUCAUUAAAACGUAAUUUAACGACUCACAAAUUCAUUCAUACAGGUGAGAAACCAUAUCAGUGUGAUAUUUGUGGUAAAUCCUUUGUAGUGAGAAGUAAUUUAACUGCUCAUGAACUUACUCACACUAAUGAAAGGCCAUAUCAGUGUGAUAUCUGUGGUAAAUCAUUCUCUCAUAAAAGUAAUUUUAAUAGACACAAAUACAUUCAUACAGGAGAGAAACAAUAUCACUGCAAUAUAUGUGGUAAAUCCUUUGUAUUAAGAAGUUAUUUAACUGCUCAUGAAUGUACUCACACUGAUGAGAGGGCAUAUCUGUGGUAA